GGAGGAAUUUGAAUGUUGCACAAUUUGGCAGCCGUAUCGAUGGAGGAGCACGAAGUACAAGUGGGCACAGUUUUAUCAUAAAUAUCGCGUUUAAAUAACAAUUACACGUAAAUAAAUUGUAUGCUUCACAUCGGCACAACACGAAACCAAUAUAUCAACUGCAACAGCGUUGGAGUUUGAGCCAUGGCAGCGUUGUCGGAGGAGGUGCUGCUGGUGGUGAAGAGGGUCCGACAGAGGAAGCAGGAUGGAACCCUCUACCUGAUGGCAGAGAGGAUAGCCUGGGGACCGGAGGGGAAAGACCGUUUCACCGUCAGCCACCUGUAUGCUGACAUACGCUGUCAGAAAAUCAGCCCAGACGGCAAGGCCAAGAUUCAGCUACAGUUGGUCCUGCACACGGGGGAGAGCACCAACCUCCACUUCUCCAAUGAGAGCACUGCCCUGAAAGACCGCGAUGCAGCCAAGGACCUCCUCCAGCAGCUGCUGCCCAAGUUCAAGAAGAGGGCUAACAAGGAACUGGAGGAGAAGAACAGAAUGUUACAGGAAGAUCCGGUGCUGUUCCAGCUGUACAAGGAUCUGGUGGUGUGUCAGGUGAUCAGCGCUGAGGAGUUCUGGGCCAAUCGGCUGAGCAUAAACAACGUGGACCACUCCCUCUCCAACAACAAGCAGGAAGUUGGCAUCUCGGCAGCCUUCUUGGCGGACAUCCGGCCCCAGACAGAUGGCUGUAACGGCCUUAGAUACAACCUUACGUCUGACAUUAUCGAGUCAAUCUUCAGAACGUACCCUGCAGUGAAACAGAAGUAUGGUGAGAACGUUCCUCAUAACAUGACAGAGAAGGAGUUCUGGACGCGGUUCUUCCAGUCCCACUACUUCCACCGAGACCGCAUCAACACGGGCCUGCAAGACAUCUUCUCAGAGUGUGCAAAGCAGGACGAGAAGGGCCUGAAGUCCAUGGUGUUCCAAGGAGUGAAGAACCCAAUGGUGGACCUGCUGUCACUGGAGGAUAAGUCGUUAGAUGAGGGUUAUGGGUCUAACUCCACAGCACCUUCUACGUCCAAUACUAACAAGACCGUGAAGGAGAACAGUAACUCUGCCAUAAUCAAGAGGUUCAACCACCACAGUACCAUGGUGCUGGCAGCAGGCUCCGGAAAGAAGGCGGAUGCUCCUAACGUUCAGGCCUGUGAGACUAGCAGUACAGAUGGAAACUCCAGGGAUUCGGACUUCUUCCAACCACCCGUUAAGAAGGUGAAAAUACAAGAUGUCAUAGAGUAUGAGGACCUUCAUAGGGAGAAUGGGAAGAAGACAGUGGCUCUGAACCUCAAGAAGUCUGACAGGUACUCUCAUGGUCCCGUGCCUCUUCUGCCUCAACAGUACACCGCCAGUCAAGACAUUGUCAACUCUGUCAACUGUAUAAAGCAGGAAAUAGCCAGCUACAAACCCUGCCUUACUCAGGUGAUGUCCAGCAGUACAGCCAGUUGUGCCAUCGCCGCCCUCUCUCCAGGGGGUGUUCUCAUGCAGGCAUUAGCACAGCAAGCCAUUAACCAGAUGGUUCCCAAUGACGUCCAGGGGGAGCUGAAGCAUCUGUACACGGCUGCUGGGGAGCUGCUGAGACACUUCUGGUCCUGUUUUCCUGUCAACACACUUUUCCUGGAAGAGAAGGUGGUAAAGAUGCGGUCCAACCUGGAGAGAUUCCAGAUGACCAAGCUCCGCCCCUUCCAGGAGAAAGUCCAGCGUCAAUACCUGAGUACUAACCUUACUGGUCACCUUGAGGACAUGUUUCAGAUGGCCUACAAUAAAUUCCACGCCUGGCAAACACGUCGUAUGAUGAGGAAAACCUGAGAGGGGAGAAACGCAUGGCUUUAUCAGAGAGAAUGGAAAGAAUGAAUGAACGAGUACAAGAUGGAUGGACAGACCUUAUUCUACCUACCAAGCUGCUGUGUCAGAGGAGAGACAGAUGGCAUGGUCGUCGUCC